UAUCCCCCGCCACCGCCAGAUCUUGGUGUCUUGUUUAGGACGGACCUUUAAGCUGAUAAACAUCGUGUCUCACCGCUCAAGCCCCGGUACACUGGACUUGUACAAGUAUAUAUCGUAUGCGAAACCCAAGCUUUUGUCAGGGUUUCCUCGCAUUCAUAGGCUUCACUACUCUCUUCCCUCACGCUUGUAGUCAGCUCCAGUAUACAGUAUAGUUGCGGUAUGGCUACCUCAACCAUUACUGUCCUUGCGCCAAACGAAGCUGCACCAUCCGCAAGAAGCGUGUCGCCUUUCAAACAUCCCCGACCAUCACCAGGUACACCAGCGAAGACAGCGAACCUCUGGGACAAGUACGAACGGCAGGCCAUGGAGACAGCGAGGAUGAGAGAGAGGAACACAAAACCGUCACAGCCUCCACCUCUAAUGAUCCCUAAUAGCGGCAAAGGAUAUCGACCAGAGGAAGGAUCACCGAUACGGCCAAGUUUCGACUUCAAGUUCAAACGUGGUCAUGCCGCAACGCCCUCAACGACAGUGGCUAUCUGCAAGACGUGCACGCUCCCUAUCACCUACACCUCCGGAGUAUGCGAAGGGUGUACAAGAACAAUUGUCCUACCCUCUGCAACCGGCGAAACCACUCCGCCUCUCAGUCCUGCUGCACGCAACUUUGCCUCUACUGACCUCCAAAAACUUCGCAAAAACUCAUUGAACGAUGAUGUCAUCGUUCCCACGUCAACACCAUCACGACGAACUUCAUAUUGCCCACUGCCAGCGCACAUCUCAGACUCGUCGUUUCGGCUCUCCGCACUACAGCCACCACCCGAUUUUGAGUCGCUCUCAGAACUCGGACGCAGGAGGAAGACAUCCCUUACUGAUCCCAAUGAGCCUUUCCUUCGUCUACAGAUUGCGCAGCAUACACAUGUACCGCGUUCGGCAAUGAACUCCCCUCCCAUAACCCCUACAUCGCCGCCAUGGGCUACGCAGUCUGGACGCUCUACGCGACGUUCCAGUCUCGCAAACCCUCUCUUGUCAACACCAGCAUACCCACAUGCGCGCACAGAUAGUCUGGCAUUGUCUGAAUACAGCACACUCUGCCCAUACACAUCUACCGUAACAACAUCCCGACCAAGCUUGAGUCAGGUCGACACAGCAUUUGAAAACACGAGAAGUGCCUGGGAUGAUUGGGACAGCGAUAGCGAAGACAGACUAGGUCUCUCGGGAUGGAUGGUUCAGCGCAAGGUCAAGAGUCGCACUAGCAAGAAAGGAAAAGGCAGCAUGGACAGCACGGAUAGCGACUGUGAAGCGAGGAGACCAAGUACAAGCCCUGAAAAGACACCAAAGCUGGGUCGGAAGAGUACCAGUAAGGAGGAUCAGCGCUUGGAGAGGGCCAGGAUUGAGGCUGCGGAGAAUGCGAGGACGGUAAGGCGGGAUCUUGAGCGGCAGGCCGUGAAGAAGAAACCGAGUAGUUUCAUCAGGGUGAUCAGUUGCGGACGGAGCGACAGCGAUGGUUAAGUUUAUUCAAACUGCACUAUUUUCAUUUGUCUUGUUUGAGCAUGGUGUUUGGGUUGGGAAAUACAUGAGGGACGAUACCAGGUGUUGGCCAAAAGGUUGGAUUUGCGGUUUCGAUAUACAGCACUACUACAGAGGUUUCUUUCCACACAUACCCUACAGUAACUAAGGCCAUACAACAUGAAGCCUAUAUAAAUGCUAAAGUAUAAUAUUAUUAAUGACUGGAAUCUGAUCCCAAGAUACUU